CACUGACGCGCACGAUGUCUCCCUUCUAUUGUUAUGGUGUCGUGCGCGUGAGGAACGGCCAGGAUGCACGAGGAGACAGCAAGACUGAUCAAAUGAUAAACCGAGUGUGAGACGCUCGAGGUUGCGCGCUGUACCGUAUGAGGCAUUGACGCCGUUGAGCAGCAUUUCGGUGGUUAGACAGUGCUAAGAGGCAGCUAAUGCACUGGCGAGUAAACAUUCCUACUAGCUGGUCAGCACCACUCAGUCCGCUGGAAGCAAUUGUCGGGCAGCUCUUUCUGUUCAAGUUCCUCUCUUCUGUCCGUCUGAUGUGGACUGAUUCAGAACUGCGCCAUCAUGAUCCCAGUGAAGCUUCUGGUCACUCAUUGGCUGACCAACUUAAUACAAGCAGCAUCAUGUCUGUGAACCCUCCAAGUAGCAAUGACGCAUGCCUCAGCAUCGUCCACAGCCUCAUGUGCCAUCGGCAGGGCGGGGAGAACGAGGGCUUCGCUAAGCGCGCCAUCGAGAGCCUGGUCAAGAAGCUGAAGGAAAAGAAAGACGAGUUGGACUCGCUCAUCACUGCUAUCACCACAAAUGGCAUCCACCCGAGCAAGUGUGUCACCAUUCAAAGGACGCUUGAUGGACGACUGCAGGUGGCAGGGAGGAAAGGUUUUCCUCAUGUUAUUUAUGCACGGCUGUGGCGCUGGCCUGACCUCCACAAAAAUGAACUCAAGCAUGUCAAGUUCUGCCAGUAUGCUUUUGACCUAAAGUACGACAAUGUGUGCGUAAACCCCUACCAUUAUGAGAGAGUGGUGUCUCCAGGCAUUGUUGGUCUCAGUCUUCACAACACAGCGCCACCUGGUGGUCUGAUCAAAGAAGAGUAUAUUCAUGACUGUAUACAGAUGGAUCUUCCACCUGGUAUGCCGCUGUCUGACCACCAAGCAACAUGCAAGAUGCUUCCUCCAGACCACUAUGGCCAACCCCUGCCUUCUCCACAUCUGACCUCCGAUCCUCAUGGACCCCCACCGGUCACCAGAUAUACACAGCUGCCUGUUUCACCCAAAGUGUCAAACUCUGGCAUCAUGCUGCCACAACAGGGCAGUCACGUCGAUGCCCGCCCUCAGACUGCUUCCCCACAGCUUCAAGUUAUGACUCAAGCACCACGUUCCCCGACUCCAAAUCAACCCCCUCCUCAGCAACAAGCUCCCCAACCACCUCAAGCCCCGCACCCGCAACAAUCCUCUCUACCUCCUCCUCAAUCUCAUGGUCAGAAUGGAUACAGCAGCAGCAAACACUCACAGAGCCAGGCUGCCUUCCACACGGUGUGGACAGGCAGCAACACAGCCUCCUAUACGCCAAUAGGACCUCUGCAGAAUGGUCGCGGUCAUCAGCCAACACCCCUUCACCAUCCAAACCAACAUUGGUCUCAGCAUCAUGGUUCAACCUCUUUCCCCCCAUCUGUGUCCAAUCAUCCAGGACCAGAGUUUUGGUGCUCGAUCUCGUACUUUGAAAUGGACGUGCAGGUGGGUGAGAUGUUUAAGGUGCCAUCCAGCUGCCCCGUGGUGACGGUGGAUGGUUAUGUCGACCCGUCGGGAGGCGACCGCUUCUGCCUCGGCCAGCUGAGUAAUGUUCACCGCACAGAUGCCAGUGAGAGAGCCCGCUUACACAUCGGUAAAGGGGUGCAGCUGGAAUGUCGUGGCGAGGGCGACGUGUGGAUGCGGUGUAUGAGUGACCAUGCUGUGUUUGUACAGAGCUACUAUCUUGACAGGGAGGCAGGGCGAGCCCCAGGUGAUGCUGUGCACAAGAUCUACCCUGGAGCCUACAUUAAGGUGUUCGACCUACGGCAGUGCCACAGACAGAUGCAGCAGCAGGCUGCAACAGCUCAGGCUGCCGCUGCGGCACAGGCAGCUGCGGUGGCAGGAAAUAUACCGGGCCCAGGCAGUGUUGGAGGCAUCGCGCCCGCAGUCAGUCUGUCUGCCGCAGCAGGGAUUGGCGUGGAUGACCUUCGGCGACUAUGUAUCUUGCGGCUCAGCUUUGUCAAGGGCUGGGGGCCGGACUAUCCCAGGCAGAGCAUCAAACACACGCCCUGCUGGGUGGAGGUCCACCUUCACCGUGCUUUGCAGCUUCUGGAUGAGGUGUUGCAUACCAUGCCAUUAUCUGAUCCAGGGCCUGCUAACUGAGAAUCGUUAUGCUGAAAUUUAGAUCUGGAUUAUUUGAAUGUGAACACACAGGCCUUUAGAUAUUUUUGCUUUGUAGCUUCUCUCAAAGACAGGAAUUCCAAAUGAAAAAAAAAACAGAAGACAAACAAAAAUGCCCAACAACCCUUUUAAUGCUUGUAACAAUCAAUUUACAGUGCAUUCUACACUUCAUGUAGUUUGACAUGAGACAAAACCUUCACACUACAUUUCGUAGAUUCUUACACUUCACAGAAAUGAGUGUCACCAUGGUGAGUCACAUUGCAUUGACAUGCCACAGCAAAAAACGAAUGCUAUCAACGAGAUGUGUUUUGAGAACAAAACACUAUGUUGCGUAUAAAAUACACUUCCAAAAUUACAAUUCAGUUGGAGAUUGGGCCGUAAUUCUUUUUUAUAAAUCAAUUCCAGACUGUUUGCGAAUUGUGGUUGAUCGGCUACUAACUGCUACACAAACACACAGAACACAAAUAAUGAAAAUAGGGGAUGUUUUAUUCCCGAAAACUCCAAUCAGAAAUCCAGAUCUCCUUUUCUGCACUUUGUGCAGUUUUAUCACUUUAAAUUCCAUACGAUAUAGAAUAAUGCAGGAUUCUUCGCAGGAGUUCAAAUCACAAUUGAAUACCUCUAGAAAAGGAUGUUUGAAGACAAACAGCAUUAUUUUUUCCUCUCUGUGUCGUACGAACAACUGAAGUGAUGUGUAAAUGUGGAUGAGAGAAGAACGUGUUUUGUCACCUCUGUGCUUGUACCGUGCUCGUCACUGUCCGUUGACCUGAACUCUCGCUUGUUGUUCCUCUUCGUAUGGUCUGCUCAAGUAUACAGUAUAUCCAUUUUUGUUUUCAUACCAAAAGACUAAAAAGCCAAAAACAUUUAGCUUUAAAGUGGUGUUGUUGGUCUUCGUAAUGAACCAGUGCUACCCCUGUAUUUAACCAAAUGUUUGGUGUGAAUCACCAAAGCUGGAAUACCUCAUAAGCGACACUUCAUAACUAGUUUUUCCUCCACAACUCCUCGUUUCAUAACUGACUGAGUUUCAAAAUUCAGAAUUGCUCUAUCAAACAACCAAGUUUUCGCUGUAACACUCUAUUUUUGUGGGUUUUAUAUGUACAAUUGCAUUGUUACUGGAUGUUACUCUGUAGCAUCUCAGACGUAGGAAAGCAUGCUAAUGUGAUUCAGAAUGUUUGGCAAGCGACUGGCAACACCAGAGGCGGACGACUGAGUCCUUGUCUUGGCCUACCAAAAACUUGCCUGCAAGACCAGUGCCUUUCUAGCUCAACACCAUCUCUGAAUGGCUCUCAAGAUUAAUAGAACCCUGGUAUGUUUUCUUUUCUUAAUCACUGUGUUACACAACACCAAGUCAGUUUGUAGUUGGUUACAGUUCCUUUCUCAAAAUAACAUCAUGAAAUAUGUUUGAGUAUAUUCUCAUGACUCUUCUUAAUUUUAAAUGAAUGCAUCAACAGGACUCUUGGUUGUUUUCUCUAAAAAUAGUGAAUUAAAAGCAUAGAUCAUUAUUUUGGAAUUCACAACAAAUUUGUUUUUACACAAAUAAUAAACUGAUAACAAAACAUGCUAAAAUGUUAAUCCAUAAUAAAAUUGUGUGGCUUGAAUUGUAUUGUACAUGAUAUCAUGACGAAUCGACAUAACUUGGACAUCUCUUGACAGCCCAGAUAAGUAAAUGUUCCAUAAAAUUAUGCCGAUAAAAGAAUCAAUAUUCUUUUGUGUUCAAAAGUGUAAUUUUUAGUCUUGGGAUUUUCAAAUCGUCGGACUAACUAAUAAAUAGCACCGCAAGGUGGUGCUUCGACCUCGUUAUAUUUGGAAAAAUAUUUAAAAAAAUCAAUCUACAUUGUUGGGUGAGAAUCAAAAUGUGCGUACGAUUGAAACCACAUGCAAAGAAAAAUGAUGAGACCUCUUUUUGCCAUUGUUUUAGAGACCACAGCAGAUGUCUGAUAUGGAAGACAAAAUAUUUGAUGGCACAAAACAAACAUCAGCAAAUUUUGGCUGCGCAAAAUGACAUUUGAGAAGCUCUCAGGCAACUCUUUAAUUUGCCACCUGUUGUUUUAACCCUCAUUCAAGUGUAGAGAGUUAAACAAUAUUUUCAUAUUGUAAAUAAUCAUUCUGAAUAUUAGUAAUUAGAGAUAAAAAAAAACAAUAUAAGCAAACAAUUGCAUAAUUGGUAUUACGAAAAAUGAAUAAAUUGUAUGUAAGUUGUAAAAAAAAACAGGCAAUUUCAAGCAGAUAAAAUAGUAAUAAAAUAAUAAAAGGAACUUUACCAACACUGUGUAGCCAUACUGCACAUUUGAUCCAGGUCAGUUGCACUCUGAUGCAGGAAACACACUCGAGUUCUACUUAACUGCUCUAAGAUUCUGAAGAUGUAGUUGUGAUGACUGCCAGACUAAUAAAAAUAGAAACAGACGAGACCAAAGCUAAAAGUGGCACGUGGUUACAUUGUUGCUUCACUUGGUCCAAAUGUAAAUAACUGCACCAACUGGUGUUCUUGCUGUCAGUCUAGGUCAGGAGGUCCUGGGUUGACUUUUAGAACUGUUUGGAAAUGAGCUGCUUUUCAAAGACGAGCCCACACGACCAUAAUAUGCAUAUUUGUGAUUUGUGCCUUUUGUUGUCAACCGUAGAUGCGCCAAAACACUGGAUUGUAACACAGUUUUGGUUUGUCUUCUCUUCUUUUACCAUUCCUGUCGUUGCGCGUCGUGAUUUGGUUUGUACCAAGUUUUGAUGACAUCUUGUGCUUCCCUCAGGUAUCUGAAAUCAUCAAAUGUCAAACUGCUUUAUAGAAAUAGAACUAUUAAGAGAGUACCCAUUGUAUCAGAGUAGUGUAAUUUAUUGCCUUAGUCUUUUUUGUGAGUGUGAAAUAAUGACAGAGCUCAUUUGAAAAAUAUAGCCCGCAUUCAGGGAAAUACAAGUCCUCAGCCAGUGAGCAAAUGUAUCUUUUUAUUUUAAAAACUUUUUUUCCAUUGCCAUUAGAUCACGUUGAUGUUGCCACCACUCUGUUUGUUUUCACUAUGUUUUAAUUUAGGGGAACAAUGUUGGUGAAAAGUUGCAGUUUACAACUACUAAAACCAAGCUUCGCUAUCAUCAUGUACAGUACCUAAUACUUCAAGGAUUUUUGUAUCCUCCACAAUCCAAGGGAAUCAGAACAAUGUCCAUUUGAAUUUUUUUAUUUAUUUUAUCCUGAUGAACUUUUCUGUAUUUUGUUUGUACAUAAUGUUCAGUUUUUGCCUUUUUGCCCUAGAUGAGCAGUACCUACUAACUAAAUGAUGGAAAUGUUCAUGAUGUACGACUGCUUUAUUCAAACCCCCCCGAUCAUCAGGCCAGUUCAGCACCGUCAUUGAAGCUAAGGUUCUGUUGUCAUGGAAACCACACUGCACACUAAAUGAUUGAUUAAUUUGAUGGUUUGAUUGUGUUACAUUUGCAUCUGUCUUCAGUAUAGUACUCUGUAUGUAUCAGUAUGAAAUAAAUUGUAAUAAAAACACCAA